GUGCUCAGCCGGCUCAGGUGCACCGACAGGCCUCUGUACCCUUCCCAUUUACCGUAACCUUAGGCUUCUCUUGCCUUCCUCUUUUCCCCCUGGCUGCCAGAUCUUGUCUCUCUGGUGGCUCCUUCUCUCCUGGGUAACACAGUGGGUUAGCCUGCAGGUGCAUAAGGUGCAGGCAGCUGCCCUCCUGGCCCUGUCCUGCCCUGCCUGGAGGGAUACCAUUCCUAGGCGAUGGCUGGAGGGAACGAGCGGAGCAUGAAGGCCCUGAAGGAAGUGUGGCAAAGAGCAGAGAAUUCUUUGUGUGCGGACUGCGGGAAACCAGAUCCUGACUGGGCAUCCUCUACUUUGGGUGUCUUUAUAUGCCUCAGCUGUUCAGGAAUUCACCGCAACAUCCCUAGCAUCAGCAAAGUCAAAUCCCUGAAGAUGGACUACUGGGAUGAUGCUCAGGUGCAGUUUCUGGCCAAGCAUGGGAAUGCUGUGACUAAAGCCAUAUAUGAAGCUCACAUCCCUAUUUACUAUUACCAGCCAACCUACAAUGACUGCCAAGUGCUGAGAGAACAGUGGAUACGGGCCAAAUAUGAACGCAAAGAAUUUACUGAGCCAGGAAAACAGCUGCCAUAUUCUGAUGGGGUGAAGGAAGGCAUCCUUUGGAAGCGAGGCCGAGACAACGGGCAGUUCCUACCCCGCAAGUUCCUCUUGUCUGAGAGAGAGGGAUGUCUGAAGUAUUUCACCAAGCAGGAUGCCAAAGAACCCAAAAUCAAUGUUAAAAUAGAUGUAAUUAAUGCUACAUUCCAGCCAGAGAAGAUUGGGAACCCCAAUGGCCUGCAGAUCACCUAUCUCAAAGACAAUAAGACCCGGAAUAUAUUUGUCUACCAUGAAAGUGGAAAGGAGAUAGUGGACUGGUUCAACGCCAUCCGCUCAGUGCAGUUCCAUUACCUGAAGGUGGCAUUUCCCAUUGCCAGCGAUAAUGAGAUCAAAAAUCGUCUGACGAGAAACUUCUUGAAGGAGGGAUACAUGGAGAAGACUGGUCCCAAGCAGAGAGAGGCCUUUAAGAAGCGCUGGUUCACGCUGGAUCACCGCAGGCUCAUGUACUUCAAGGAUCCUUUGGACGCCUUUGCUAAGGGUGAGGUGUUUGUGGGCAGUGGAGAGAAUGGAUAUAGUGUCCAGAAGGGAUUGCCUUCAGGGACACAGGGCAACUUCUCUUGGCACUACGGCAUCACCAUUGUCACCCCUGACCGGGAAUACCUCUUCACCUGCGAGACAGAGACUGACCAGCUGGAGUGGGUCAGAGCCUUCACUAGUGUCAUCAACCAGGCCAUGACACCACAGGAAUAUGCAAUUGAAGCCUACUUCAAGUUUAAAUCCUAGGAAGCCAUGCAGGAAUCUCACUGUGACUCAACUCUACCUGGUCCUAUUGGGUGGCUGUCAGGACAGGAGAGGAGAUUGACAUCAGAGAAACACAGUGCUCUUGGAGCACCCUUUGAAGCACUUUUGCCCCCAUUGGAUAUCCACUUUGUUUUGAGGGCCCGAUUAAGCUGCUUCUUUUCAAGUGCAAGAUUUUGUGCGUCUGAAUCCUCAGUACAACCUGUCCCUGUUAAAUUGCUGUCAUCUGGCUGGAUGCUGACAGGUCUUGCCUGUCAGUCAGGCCUUGAAAACUUUGGUACUUACUCUGUUGGACGUGAGACCCAGAAUCACUCCUGCAUGAAACUGCAGACGGGUACCCACCUGAGAGAAGAAAAGAGCUACCUGGCUGGAGCCAGGCACCACAGCGGGUUACAGGGGCUGCUGGACUAAAAGAGCCUUUACAAGAAAUAUCAUAUCUGCAGGUGACAGAGAUGUGAAACAUCUAGAUAUUUGACCAGUUAGUGCAGUGGUUGAGAAAGGUCACUUAAAACAUGUAACCUAACAGCCAAAUGUGAGGCUUGUUUCCUUCUGCCAUG